AGCAUCGUGGACCACAUGCCUAUUAUGUAAGGGGUUUAGUGAAAUCUCUGUUCAAGGACCCCGGGGGAUAUGAUGUGGGCAGCAGCCAAAUUCACUUCCCCCUCAGUUAAGGGCAGUGAGUAGCACACAUGGUGUGGGAAGGUUGAACACUCAUUGCAAUUUAUCAGGAACAGGGGCACAAUCCACCCAGUGAUCCAUCUGGCUAGUAUGCUGCCUCUGACAAACAGCUGAUUCAAUGAGUGCACCAGUGUGGGCUGUCACCGCUGGAAUAUACAGCAGAGCAGAUCAGUUUCUAGCCACUAUGCUCAGAAUUCCUUAUUCUUUCAUGCUCCUGGGGUUGAUUUUCUGUCUCGUACUUGCAACAGAGAGCAGAAGGCACAGGAAGAGGAGAUGGGCAGGACAGCUGGAGGUGCAGCAUAUGCAGGCCAGCCACGUGUAUAAGAAGAACCAUGAUAUCACCAAACUACGAAGGAAUAAAAAUGAUCAGCUUCUCCGUGUGGACGAACAUGAUUUCACCAUGAGACCUGCCUUUGGAGGUCCUGCAAUUCCUGUGGGUGUUGAUGUACAGGUUGAAAGCUUGGAUAGUAUUUCUGAAGUUGAUAUGGAUUUUACAAUGACAUUAUAUCUAAGGCACUAUUGGAAGGAUGAAAGACUGUCAUUCCCCAGCAGCACCAACAAAAGCAUGACUUUUGACAGCAGGUUGGUAAAGAAGAUAUGGGUACCUGAUGUCUUCUUUGUUCACUCCAAAAGAUCCUUUAUUCAUGACACAACUACAGAUAACAUCAUGCUCCGAGUGUAUCCAGAUGGACAUGUCCUGUACAGUAUGAGAAUUACAGUGACAGCAAUGUGCAACAUGGAUUUUAGCCGAUUUCCCCUGGAUACUCAGACGUGCUCCUUGGAGCUGGAAAGCUAUGCUUACACAGAUGAAGAUUUGAUGCUGUACUGGAAAAAAGGAAAUGAAUCUUUAAAAACUGACGAAAAAAUUUCCCUAUCUCAGUUUUUGAUUCAGAAGUUUCACACUACAUCUCGACUUGCAUUUUACAGCAGCACUGGAUGGUAUAAUCGUCUUUACAUCAAUUUCACAUUACGGCGUCACAUCUUUUUCUUUCUGCUGCAAACAUAUUUUCCGGCGACCUUGAUGGUUAUGUUGUCUUGGGUGUCGUUUUGGAUAGACCGUAGAGCUGUUCCUGCAAGAGUCUCUCUGGGUAUAACCACGGUGUUGACUAUGUCUACCAUCAUAACGGGAGUAAAUGCCUCCAUGCCCAGAGUCUCAUACAUCAAAGCCGUGGACAUUUACUUGUGGGUUAGUUUUGUGUUUGUCUUCCUAUCGGUGCUGGAAUAUGCAGCCGUGAAUUAUUUGACCACUGUGCAAGAGAGAAAAGAAAGGAAAAUGCGGGAAAAGUUCCCAUGCACAUGUGGAAUGUCCCACACAAAAACCAUGAUGUUAGAUGGGAUGUAUGGUGAUUCCGAAUCCAAUAGUCUGGCUGGUUAUACCAAAAGCCAGAUUGUUACAGAAGAUAUUGAGAAGCAAGACAAGAUGGUUGUGCACUUGGCUAUGAGUCCAAAUUCUAACACCUCUCGUAAAAAAGGACUUAAAGGGCAAGUUGGCUUACGCAUCGUGGCAAAUAACCAUGCCAUUGACACUUACUCUAGGUUGAUUUUUCCUGCAUCAUUUAUAUUUUUUAACUUAAUAUACUGGUCUGUGUUCUGCUAGAUACAAACAAAAUUGAAUUCUUUCAAGCAAAAAUUUUUUCAUGACUGCAUGGAGAGCAACUGCAAACCACAUGGAUAUAUGGUAAUUGCCUUUCCCAGUGUAAUUAAUAAAUACUUCUUAGAAAAACAGCCAUUAUUCAGCCAUUUCUAAAUUAUACAAACAGUAUAUAUAUAUAUAUAUAUAUUACACAUCCAUUGUAAAGCUGCAAGAAAAAAAUAGCAAAAUUGAUAUUUAUGUCUUUAAUUUAUGUUAAAUUACAUUACAGAAGAGUAUUAAUCUUUGCAUGCUUUCUCUGAGCACCUGUAUAGCACUUUCAGAAAUAGCGAUUACAUGUUCUUUUAUCUGCAAUUUUUACAUAUUUCAAAUAAAGAAUAUGGCAAUUCACAAUGUAGAAAGUGGGUACACUAGAUGGAAGGCUGGCUAUGACUCUUGUGCACCUUCUUUUUGUGAAUUAACGCUCCCUUUAACUUCUUUUGGGAUGUGUGCACAAAAAUGAUCUUUUGUGCUACUGUUGUGUGUGGGCAGAGGUGGGUCGGUUAGAAAAAGUGCUAAAUUAUGUAUUUUUAUAUAAAAAUUCUCAAAGACCAGCACGCAUCUUAGAGACAGCAUUGUAUAUUUAUAUACUAAAGAAAGGUAAAAUAAAUAUGUUCCCCAAAUAUCUUAAUCACCUCACAGUCAGCUAGAACGUAUGUUAGACCAUACAGGUAUGGGAAACCUGUUGGAAAACAGAUCUGUCCAGUUUAAAAAUGUCUGCUGCUAGUUCACUACGUUGGCAGGUAAACAGGAGCCAGGUCUUCCGUUCACUUCUAGCAGUCCCUAUCAGUCCACUGGAAAGUGUUCGUGCUUGUGUAUGGACCAUGUCAAUUCCGCUACCUUUAGAUGUAAAAAAAAAUGGUGUUUGCUAAAUGUGCUAACUAUUUAAUUUUAAAUUAAAAUUAGAA